UCGCAAAGCCAGUGGUUCACGCCCUUCCUCUGGAGUGUCCAGUGCUUACUCUUCACCAUCUUACAGCUACCCUGACAUCAGUGCCUUUCCCGAGCUCAGAGGAGAUAUUGAUGAUGACAAGCUAUAUGUUGAUCUUGAAGACGAGCAGAUAUAUGGCAGGACCUCUGGAAUCUACGUCAGCAAGUUUGACUCGGAGCCCCUGUACCAGUGGUACAGCAAGGACAAGGUGCUGCAGAACAUGCGAUCUGAUAAAUCCACUUCUGAUGACCUAUCCUCCGACGAUGAAUAUCUGGAGGACAGGAAGCAUUCAGAAUCUGUGUAUGAGGAUGUUGAGAGACUGCUGGAAAAAACCAACGGUACAGGUGUCACCACCAUCAAGAACACCACAGCAACAGGUGGGAAAAGUUCUGAUGGCAAGGGGACUUCAAAUGUCAUCACCAUCAGUUCCAAGGACAAGCCACAGAGACGUUCUGUCAUAGAGGAUGUGUUCAAGAACGGAGGCAGUCUUCAUAGAGCACUGUGGUGUCAGAUGCCAGAGGUGAUUGAAAGUGGACUACUAGAAAAGUUGACAGAUCAGCAAAAGAAAGUGCAGGAGGCAAUGUUUGAGAUCAUCACAUCAGAAGCUUCCUACCUCAAGUCUCUGAAGGUCCUCAUCUCUGUGUUUCUCAUGUCACCGGAGUUUUCUGCUGACAUGACUGACAGAUGUGUCGUCAGCCGUCGGGAUAAGCAGGUCCUGUUCUCCAAUAUUGGACGCAUCAAGGACAUCAGUGAGGAAUUUCUGAAGGACCUGGAAGAGAGGUGGCAGGAGUCUUGUUACAUGAAUGACAUUUGUGACAUUAUCUAUAAACACGCUUCUAAUAACUUUGAACCUUACGUCCGGUACUGUGGCAACCAGUCAUUUCAGGAUCGGGCGCUCAAUGAAUUAAGGCAAAAUUCAGAGUUUAGUGAGGCGGUCAAGAGACUGGAACAGCACCCAGAUUGCCAGUUUCUGCCGCUGUCUUCCUUCCUCCUGCUCCCCAUGCAGCGCAUCACUCGUCUGCCUUUGCUUGUGGAUGCCAUCGCUCGCAGGCUGGAGCCUGGCAACCCAGCUCAGAUUAGUGUUAAACGAGCUAUGGAUAGCCUGACGAAGGUAGCAAAGCGUUGUGACGACGCAGCCAAGAAGAUGCAGCAGACAGAACAGAUGUGCAUGCUGGCUGCAAACCUGGAGUUUAAGGUCAAGGAAUUCCCGCUGGUAUCUGCCUCAAGAUUUUUGGUAAAGCAGGGGGAGUUAACUCUGAUCAAACACGAAGGUACCAGUCGUAAAACCCUCAGUAAAUUGCUCGGUUCCAGCAAAGAGCAUGUUCAUCUGUUUCUGUUUAAUGACCUUCUGCUAGUCACAAAAAAGAAAGGCAACACGUUCCAGGUCAGAGACUACUGCCAUCGCAAUGCCCUGCACUUUGAAGCCCUGGACAGCAUGGAUAAAUCCCGGCAUCAAGCUCUGGGGGUACUGACGGGGAUCGCCAAUGUUCUCUUCCUGGCCAUGUUGGCUAAUCAUGAGAACAAGCAGGUGGAAAUGGUGCUGUCCUGCAAGUCUGAGAGUGAAAGGACCCGCUGGAUUGAUGCCAUCAUGCCUGCGCAGACAACAUCGGACAAUGAGAGGAUUUAUGAUUAUUGGGACUGCCCCCAGUUCCACUGUGUGAGGAAGUACAUUGCCCAACAGCCAGAUGAACUGACACUCGAAGAAUCGGAUGUUAUCAAUGUCACACGAAAGAUGACUGAUGGUUGGUACGAGGGUGAAAGAAUCCGAGACGGAGCAAAAGGCUGGUUUCCUGCAUCUCACACAGAAGAAAUCAACAACAGUCAUGUGCGGGCACGUAACCUGCGCUUGAGGUACAGGCUCAUGAGGGGCUCUCAGGAAGUCUCACACAAAAAGUAG